CUACAUUGUGACUGUAUACAUUGGGUGUUUUGUUCUCCUGCAUUUCCUGCGGUCCAGUAGUAUUUCCUGCACUCGCUCAGUGUUAAUUCAAGGUCUCUAUUUGAACAAUCGUCUAUGCUUUCGGUGAUUUUAAUUAAAGUUUAUCAAACUCGUGCUAUUCUAGAAUUUUAUUUAGAUUGUUUUAAUGUUCAACAAUUGUAUUUAAUCACUUACCAAAUCAAAAUAAUCGAUUAAACACAAAAGAUCGUUAAUAAACGUUUAUUGUGGCUGUCGCGAUAGUUCGAAGGAGAGGACGCAAUGGAGUGUGUGCUCUUGGUACGAUCUUGGUUAGACACUGGAUGACCAGUUUUUUACUGGGAUCUUUAUUUGCUUCAUUGAUAAUUUAUUAUGCUGUUUUAAAUCAACGAGUUUCAUUGUCCUACAUAAAAAAUGAACAAUUUGAAGUUCUUGAAAGUAGGGAACACGAAUCAACGUCAGAAGCUAUGGAAAAAGAGCUGAGGCUCUUAAGGAGGCAGCUAAGUAUGACUCAAAACCAUUUACUAGCUGCAAUGAAAACAUCGCUGUUUCCUGUGUCACCAACAGAGUCACCUCAUAUUUCGGAUAUUCCAUCGCCUUGUUCGCCAAAUGAAGGUAUUGACACAAUAAAUAAAUGUGAAAUAAUCGAAGUUGGGAUUGUUUGUGCUGGUUAUAACUCAACUCGUUCAGUAGUAACCCUAAUUAAAUCUAUACUAUUCUAUCGAAAAAAUCCGUUAAGGUUUCAUUUCGUUGUUGAUGUGAUAUCCAAGAAAAUACUAAAAACCUUAUUUGACACAUGGAAAAUACCUCAAUUGGAAAUAGAAUUUUAUCCAGCUGAAAAUAUAGUUAGUGAUGUGUCAUGGAUAAAUAACAAACAUUACUCCGGAGUUUAUGGACUAAUGAAGCUUUGUUUGACAGAAGUAUUUCCGAGUUCAAUAAAUCAAAUACUUGUAUUAGAUACCGAUAUCACUUUUGCUACAGAUAUUUCUCAGCUAUGGAUAAUGUUUAAACGUUUUAAAAAAUAUCAGGCAUUGGGGUUAGUUGAAAAUCAAAGCGAUUGGUACCUCGGAAAACUUUGGAAAAAACUUAAACCGUGGCCUGCGCUUGGUCGAGGUUACAAUACGGGUGUUAUUCUAAUGGACUUAAGGAAAUUGCGUUUAAUUGACUGGAAUGGCUUAUGGCGAUCAGUUGCAAUUAAAACAUUAGCAACUCAUUACUGGACUAGUUUAGCUGAUCAAGACAUUUUUAAUACGAUUAUUAAAGAACGCCAAGAGCUAUUAUACCCAAUGCCAUGUCAAUGGAAUGUUCAACUUAGCGACAAUACUAGAAGUGAAUUAUGCUAUGCUGAAGUAGUUGAAUUGAAAGUAAUUCAUUGGAACUCACCUAAGAAACUUAAAGUAAAAAAUAAACACGUCGAAUUUUUUCGAAAUUUAUACCUUACUUUUUUGGAAUAUGAUGGAAAUUUAUUACAAAGAGAACUUUUUGGCUGCAAUUUUUCAUCUACAGUACAGUUAGACAUUCCAGAAAUAAGUGAAGAUGAUUUUUGUUACGAGUUUAGAAGAGCGGGAACGAGCAGUUUGAGAACACAUUUAUAUUUCUUGGAAUUUGAAUACCAAGCAUCUCCAGACGAUUGCGACAUCACGCUUGUAGCUCAACUGUCUAUGGACCGGCUCCAAAUGGUAGAAAUGCUAUGCGAGUAUUGGAACGGUCCUAUAAGUCUUAGUCUUUAUAUGUCAGACGCCGAAGCUCAACAAUUUUUGAGUUAUGCUCUAAAUUCUGAAAUACUUAAAAACAGAAGAAACAUUGGUUAUCACAUUGUAUAUAAAGAAGGCGACUUUUACCCUAUAAAUUUAUUACGAAAUGUCGCCUUAGAAAAUGUUGUGACGCCGUAUGUAUUUUUGUCUGACAUCGAUUUUUUACCAAUGACUGGUCUUUAUACGUAUUUAAAGAAAUAUAUUUUUAUAAUGAACAUGAAGUCGUCAAAUAAGGCUUUAGUAGUACCUGCCUUCGAAACUCAACGAUACAGAACUGCCUUUCCAUUAACUAAGGCAGAUAUAUUAAGGAUGUUGGAUGACGGUGCUUUGUUCUCUUUUAGAUAUCACGUGUGGCCAAGAGGUCAUGCCGCUACGAAUUACGCAAAAUGGAAAGGAUCUACUGUUCCUUAUGAAGUUUCGUGGGAGCCUGAUUACGAGCCUUACGUUGUAGUUCGCAGUGAUGUUCCUAGGUAUGACACUAGAUUUGUCGGUUUUGGUUGGAAUAAGGUGUCUCAUAUUAUGGAAUUAGAAGCCCGAGGGUACACGUUUGUUGUACUACCUAAUGCAUUUAUUAUCCAUAUGCCCCAUGCACCAAGUUUUGACAUCGCUAAAUUUCGAGGGUCUUCACAAUACAGAAGAUGUUUGAAAAUUCUUAAAAACGAAUUCAUUCGAGAUCUUCGUAACAGAUAUUCGAGGAGAUUAAAUCACACGGAAAGUUAAUAUGCCAAAUAUUAAAACGAUCAUCAAAUAUAAAUACUACUUCAUAGUUCAGACAUUAAACAGUCAAUGAUUUGUAGAGGUGUUAAAAUGUGUUCAAUUAACAAUCUGUUGCCAAUAAGAAAAUUAAAGUAUACCUUACUAUCUAAUUUUAGCUAAAAAAUGUAUUAAAAAAACAAUUAUAUUUAGUACUGUUUAUUGUAAAUUACCUAUGUUAAAGUUU